UUAUAAAUAAGCAUUAAUGAAACCAAUUAACACAGCAAACCACUGAGAAAUAUUUUUAUUCUCCAUUUAGUAUGGGUGAAGUAAAGCUGUUGGGAUCAUGGGGGAGCCCCUUCAGUAGAAGGGUGGAGAUGGCUCUGAAACAUAAAGGCGUAGAAUAUGAAUUUAUUGAUGAAGAUUUGGCUAACAAGAGCCCUUUGCUUCUUCAGUACAACCCUGUUCACAAGAAGGUUCCUGUGCUGCUUCACAAUGGCAAACCAAUUGCUGAAUCCGUUGUCAUUCUUGAAUACAUCGAUGAAACUUGGAAAACCAAUCCCAUCUUCCCCAAGCAUCCCUAUGAAAAAGCCAUGGCACGAUUCUGGGCUAAGUUCAUAGACGAAAAGUGCAAUCCUGCGAUUUGGCAGAUCAUAUGGAGCAGAGACAAGGAACGAGACAAGGCCAUAGAAGAAGCGAUAGUACACCUGAAAACACUUGAAAAUGAGCUGAAAGAUAAGAAGUUCUUCGGAGGAGAGACAAUUGGAGUAGUAGAUAUUGUUGCAAACUUAAUAGGGUUCUGGCUUGGAGUGAUGCAGGAAGCCACAGGGAUUGAAUUGGUGACGAAAGAGAGAUUCCCCAUUCUGAGCAACUGGAUUGAUGAGUAUGUUAGCUGCAGCGUUAUCAAAGAAAAUCUUCCCCCCAGAGAAAAGCUGUUAGAAGCCUUCAAGUCGCGCCUUAACGCACCAGCUUGGAAGUAUUAAUUAGAAAAAUGAUGGGAUGGUUAAUUAUGGACAUUGCUGCUUGUAUUUCUGCUUUUGUGUGUGAUUUCAGUUUACUGUUAGUUAAGAGGUUAAUGAAAUAAUGUAAUGAGUGUAUGAGUGUUACGCAGCUUGAUAUCUAAUAAGAAGCAUUGUCCUGAAAUCUCAUCAA